GUAUUCCCCGGAUUGUGGAUGCGCUGUGAAUGCUGGUGAGAUCAUUUGAGUAUAUAAGGAGACGGUCUGAUAGGAAAUGUCAGUCGUUACCGAUCUAUCGAAACGAAUUGAGCAAUCAUGAAAUUCACCGCUGUCUUGUUGUUCCUCGUUGCGGUCAUCAUGGCUGUUGCUGGUUCUCCAUUCGUGGAUAAGCACAGGAGACCGGGCAAUGGGGGAAUCCCAACAUUCCCUGGACAAGGACCCUUCAAUCCUAAGCUGCCAUCUGGGCCGUGGGGCAAACCUGGAA